AAGAAUUGAUCGUUUUCAUUCUAUUUUGAUAUCGAGACUACCUAACAACCUGUCGGUGUGGACUCCUAGUAACAUGGUCAAGUUAAUCCCCGUUAAUGUGUUAUUCUUAAUUUGGCUAUUUGUCUCGAUAAUAGCCUUAUUUUCCUUUACGGUGUCAGCUGAAGAUUGCAUUCGUCGCGAUUACGGUAAAAGCAGCUUUGUAUGCGUAUGCAAUGCUACCUACUGUGAUACUGCUCCCAGUGUUGGAUCUUUGGCGGCUGGGCAAGCAAUUCAAAUAACAUCCAGUCAAAAUGCAGCACGAUUUCUCACUACAAAUUUACAAUUCGGGCGCAAGUCGGAACACAAUAAGGCGAUAAUCGACGAAAUAUUCAUUGAUCCCUUUAUCACAUACCAAAAUGUGCUUGGUUUUGGAGGAGCCUUCACUGAUGCGGCAGGAAUAAAUAUAGCGCGACUAUCUCAAUCUGCACAAGAAAAUUUUAUGAACUCCUAUUUCAGCGCAAAAGGAAUUGAAUACGGUAUCGGACGUGUUCCGAUGGCUGGGACAGAUUUUUCGACUUAUACAUAUUCUUACGAUGACUAUCCGGGUGAUGUUACACUGUCAAAUUUUUCCCUUACUGAAGAAGAUUUGGUUUUCAAGAUACCAUACGUCAACUGGGCCAAAAGCAUAAGUUCUAAGCCGAUCAAUUUGUUUACGAGUCCAUGGAGUGCUCCAGCAUGGAUGAAAAGCAAUAACGAGUUUUACGGUAAAGGAUACCUGCUAGAAGAAUAUUAUCAAGUCUGGGCAGAAUAUUUCGCCAGGUUUUUCGAAGAGUACGAGAAAUUUGGAUUGACCUUUUGGGGACUAACGGCUCAAAACGAACCAGUUGAUGGAAGGGUACCAGGUUUUCCCUUUAAUUGCAUGGGAUGGACCUCAGAACAACAAUCAACUUUUGUGGGUCUUAAUCUGGGACCUACUUUGGAGGCUAAAGGAUUUGGGAACAUUAAAAUUAUGAUCAUGGAUGAUCAGCGGAACUAUUUGCCGGAAUGGGCCGAAACUGUGUUGGCAAAUGCUGAUGCAAAUACAUAUGUAUCGGGAAUCGGAGUCCAUUGGUAUCAAAAUUUCAUUGCGCCGCCUUCCGUUUUGACGACAACACACGAAAAGUUUCCCGAUCGGUUCAUUUUAGCAACUGAAGCUUGUGAAGGUACUUUUCCAAAGGAAACGGUUGUACUAGGAGCUUGGGAACGAUUAGAGUCAUAUGCCAAAGAUAUAAUUGAAAAUUUGAACAACUGGGCUGUGGGGUGGGUAGACUGGAAUCUUGCAUUGGAUGAAGGUGGAGGUCCAAAUUGGUCAGAAAAUUUCGUCGAUUCACCGAUUAUCGUUAACAAUACCAACGAUGAGUUUUACAAACAACCGAUGUUUUAUGCCAUGGGACACUUUUCCAAAUACAUUCCAGAAAAUUCUGUAAGGGUAAACAUGGAAAUAUCGAACGAUACAACAAUUAUUGGAUCCGCUUUUGUACUACCUGAUGGAAACCGUGCAGUGGUCAUUUUAAAUCCAUCGGACGAAGAGAAAACGAUUGUAUUGAAUGAUGCUGAACUUGGAUCUUUGGAGUUUUUUAGUGAAGCUCGCUCUAUGCACACAAUCGUAUAUGGAUAAUGAAAAACACUUAUAUCUGUAGUAUUCUACCGUAGCAUAAAAAAAGUCAUGCAUUUAAGAAAAA